AUGUUCUUCUGGAUACCCGUAGGAUCGUGUAGGAUUCGACGGGUCGUAAAACGGAGUCCCGGAUACUCCGGAAAUGCCAACCCUAGGGUGAGGGUUUCAGUAACCGUCCAAUUGUGCGAUCGUGAGCGGUCUAACCGUACUCCGACCCAGCAUACGCAGCAGGCGGGACCUUCUAAGGGUCAAGCUGUGUGGGACUACUUGUGA